AUGCCUAUUGAACUUAUCUUAUCACCUUUACUGAGACCCGUUGUGCUGGCAAAAUCAUUGCUUUUUUCUCCUCACCGUAGAGCUUCAAGAUACAUUCCUCAUAUCGUAGAUUUAGAUGAAGCCAAAUGCUCUAGAUAUGCCAUCAGGAGAAGAUUUGGUACUGGUUCCAAAAUAUUUGAUGUAUAUGAUACAAAGGCAGAAGGAUCAGGUCCUAUUGGUCCUACCGAACAGUCUAAAUCGUUGUUUUGGUUCGACAGAUCACGUGCUGUUAAGGGCGCUUAUAAGAUGUUUUCUUCCGAAAUAAGGGCCACCGGUCCUAAUGGAGAAGAUGAACCCUGUGCCACAUUAAGAGCAGGUUUAAGAUCCAACGUGCUAUUAAUCAGAGCCCCCGAUGUUCCCGCUGCCGAACUUGGUUGGCAUAUAAUUAGUCACCGUGUCGAUGCAUUAGAUGCGUAUAGAAUGUUCACUUUGGCAGACGGUGCCACAUAUCAGUGGACCACCAAGGGAAAAUUUCUUGAAAAAGUACAAAAUCUAGGAGAAAAAGAGUCCGAAAUUAGGGAAAGAAUAGGACAGGUAGUUCCAGCUGCUGGCGCGGGCUUCGAUCUUAUUGUGGACGAGUCCAAAAUCCCAAGAGAAAUGGCAUUGGCUUCAGCUUUGUGCUCCUACAUUGAUCACUGGAAUACUACACUUGAUGUUGGCGGGAUCUACUAUGCCAGACAGCGAAGCCAUAUCAGAUGGAAGAGAGACUGA